AUGUCUGAAUCACCAGCUGCCGAAGUAGUGCAACCGCCUGCUCCCGCGCCACAAGAAUCAACAGACAGCAAGCCAGCGGACAGCACACUUGCAGCCACAAAUGGAGACAGCACAAGCGCCCCACCCAAACUGUCCCCUGCAGAGCUCAAGAAACAAGCGAAGGCAGAGAAGGCAGCACGAAGAGCACAAGCCAAAGUCGCUGAUCCAGCACCAAAAUCGCAAACAGGGCCAUCGAAAGAAGGACAGAAACAGCAAGGCUCGAAACAAGCACCAAAGGAUGACAAGUCAAGACCGCUACCGAACCGGAGGCGGCCCUCACAGUCAAACGUCCCCGUCGUGAAAGAGCCUGAGAAGAAGCCCAAGAAAGAGAAGGAGCCAAAGCAGACUGGUUUGUUCUUUGGACAUUUGUACAGCCAGCCGAAGCAGCAGUCCAUGCACGGGGCUUCGAAGGAUGUCCAUCCGGCCAUCCUCGCCCUAGGUCUCCAGUACAGCAGCUAUGCCAUCUGCGGAAGUACAGCACGCAUGGUCGCCAUGAUGUUGGCUUUCAAAGCAGUCAUUGCGGACUACCAUACACCCCCAGGCAACAGCUUAGCGCGACAUCUCACCAACCACCAUCUCAGCCCGCAAAUCGAGUUUCUAAAGAGUUGUCGACCGCUCAGUGUUAGCAUGGGAAAUGCUAUCCGGCAUCUGAAAGACAUAAUAAUCAAAAUCGACCCCUCCCAGCCGGAAUCCCUCUCCAAACGCGACCUCCUAGAGGAAAUCGACAUCUUCCUCCGCGAACGCAUCACCGCCGCCGACAAACUGAUCCGCGACCUAGCCGCCACCAAAAUCGAGCCCGGCGACGUCGUCCUCACCUACGCGGCGUCCUCCAUCGUCGAGCAGGCAAUCAUCCAGGCGCACGCCAACGGCAUCCCGUUUUCGGUCAUCGUCGUGGACUCGAAACCGCUGUUCGAGGGGCGCCAGUUGGCGAGGAAGCUUGCGAAUGCGGGUGUUAGUGUGCGGUAUUAUCUGAUUACGGGUGCGAGCCAUGCAGUCAAGGACGCGUCGAAGGUACUCCUCGGCGCGCAUGCGAUGAUGUCCAAUGGCCGAUUGUACUCGCGCGUGGGUACGGCGCUGGUGUCGAUGCUCGCGGCCGCACACUCCCUGCCCGUCAUCGUUUUGUGCCAAUCCGUGAAAUUCACGGAGAAAGUCGCGCUGGACUCGAUCGUCGGGAACGAAGUGGCUCCAUCCGAGGAGAUCCUUUCUGAAUCUGAGCGCAGGGAGUUGCUGCCCUUGAAAUCGCUGGUGCCGGGGGCGAAAGUGGAUGAUGCCGGGGAGGAGAAGAGCGACACGACGGAUGUGCUCAAGUGGAUUGAGGACUCGAAGAACUUGCAUCAUUUGCAGGUGCUGUAUGAUGUUACGCCGGCGCAGUACAUCAAUAUGGUGAUCACGGAGUAUGGCAGCUUGCCGCCGAGUUCGGUGCCGGUUGUGCAUCGGCUGAGCACGAACGUUUGA